CCUGUCUGCCUGUCUGCCUGCCUGUCUGUCUGUCAGUUCUGACAGCACAGCAGCAUUAAGCACAUUUUCUAGAUGGAACAAAUGUGCUGAUGAUGUUUUUGUUUGCUUUCCCUCUCAGGACGUGUGCCAAGCCGUUCUAAUCUGACGGCUCAUCUAAUAGCUUGUAAUCUAAUCUAAUCUAAUGUGAUGUUAACCAAUCUAAUGUGCGCUAAUACACUCAGAAUAUUCAGCAGCUCAGGUGGCUACGAUUUUACUUUUGUGCUGAAAAAGCUUAGAAACUCCUGCUGAAAUGAAGGUGAAGUUUCCCAGUCUUCACGUCUUCACUUCUCUCUGAGCUGCUGGUUGCUGUGUUGUCUUACCUGUCGGCGACUGCUUAUUUAUUACACGGUUUCUGCCAGUUUUUACUCGAAUAUUCUGCAAUGAAAUGGAUGAACAUGACUCACACGAUGAGGCUCAUGGUGACCUGACAUGCUUCAUGUCAGUUAACACUCAGACAGGUACAAGCUGUUCCCACGGUUACCAGAUUAUCUCUGAAAAUACUCAGCUCCAUUAGCGGCUUUGUUCACGACCACAGCGGGUAUAUAAACCCCGCGGUGAAAGACAACACAGGACAGAGAGACUGCAAAAAGAAAGAGAACCUUCUCUUUGUUUCGCAGUUCUUCCUUUGCUCAGCCCUUCCAGGCAGCUUCUCUUCGCCGAUCCAAACUCCCGCCAAGCCUGCACGCAGAAAUGAAUGCAGCAACAGCAGCAGCACCUGGAGCCUCCAAGGCCGCCCCCCCAAAGUUCAAGCAGAAGGAGACCAGGCAGUUCAAGAGCAAAGCUCCCAAAGCUGGACAGAAGGGAUUUGAUGACGUUCCCGGAAUGGACGGCCUUGGAGAUGCGGCGGUCAUCUGCCCCUGGGAGGCGUUUGGUGACAUGGAGCUGAGUGACCUGGCCCAGUUCGGCAUCGUCUAGACCUUGUGCUGAAUGGAAGCAGUUUAUUCCUGGUGGCUGCAAUCCAGCAGCUUUUUCUUUUUUGCACUCCUCAUGAGUUCUCCUCCUCCUUGGGCCUGAAUGGUACCACCUAAGGACAAUGGAUGAAGGGAGGGGGAUUUAUUUCUGUUCCCUCAGUGAGUGGAGGAAGAAGCUCUUGGACAGCAGCCCCCAAGAAUGACUCCUCUGUAAUGGGACGGUACACCUCCACACCUGGAAGUUUUAGCAUCAGUCUGAGCUCUGUAUUAUCUUUGAUUACAUCUGAAUGAGAUCGCAGGAAGUCCUUGUUGUGGUCCCGUCGUCCUGUGUAGCCCAGCACAUGUGAAAGUGUAACACGCUGUACUGCUGCUUGGGUUUCAGUAAAGGAAGAUCCAUCAACAACUGGGAACCAACACUUUAAAUGAAUAGAUUACCUACAAAAUAUCAUGUAAAUAUUUUGUUGUCAAUCUAUCUAUCUAUCUAUCUAUCUAUCUAUCUAUCUAUCUAUCUAUCUAUCUAUCUAUCUAUCUAUCUAUCUAACCACAUCAAGUAGGGUUGUGUUCUGUGUGGUUAACUGUUAUAAUAAAGUGUAUUUAA